AUGACGAGAAAGGAACCAGAGAGAGAGACUCAGUCAACAGAGAUUCAGAGGAGUUGUGUUAAAGAAUUGGCACUAUUAAGAUAUAAAGGAGGAUUCAUAAUUGGAUAUUUCGUCCCGUCAAAAGGAGUCCACGUGGUCAGUGUAUUCACCGCGUGUGGGUNGAGGACAAAAUCUAAAAAGCAGCUGUUGCAACAUAUUCCAGAAGAAACUGAAAGUGAAGAUGAAGGAUCUCAAAGCAGCUCUUCCUCAAAGUCUGAUGCAACAUCGAGUGAGGGAUCUGAUAUCGAAAACAGUGUCAAACAUAUUCAGCCCAAUGAUUUCAUUUUAGUCAGAUUUGCAAAAAAAACUUCUGUUGUUUACUUCGUGGGAAAAGUUUUAAAGAAACUGAGUGAUGAAGACUUGAAAGUCAAGUUUAUGAAAAAAAUAUUAGGAUGUUACAAGUUCAUAUUUCCUGAAGAGGAUGAUAUCAGUGAUGUCACCAUGGAAGAUAUAGUUUUAAAGCUACCCCAUCCAUCCCAAGCAGGAGGAACGGCAAGAGCAAGCAAACAGUUUAUAUUUUCCAUUGAUUUCACCUCAUAUCGGCUGGGAUAGAUUGCGAAAAACAUUCUAUUGACCAAAGAAAGACAGUUUAAUUAUGUGAGAGCCUACUAAUUGUGAUAUUCUUUAGUUAUUGUUCUUUGUUUGAAAAUAUUUGAUAUUCUUUAAUUGUUUUAAAAAUAUUGAUAAUCUUUAAUUGUUUUAAAAGUAUUGAUAAUCUUUAACUGUUUAAAAUAAAUGUGAUGUCACAUAAUUCAUAUUAUUAAAAGUGUAAUUUUUAAAAAUUUUAGUCUCUAGCCUAUCACUUAUCAGUUACAACAAAAUUUGAAAACAUUGAGAUAACUAAUUCCAAGUUUUACAUUAAAACGCAGGUAGUCCCUUUCAUCCCCGAGUGUGUCCCUUUCAACCCAGACAUGGGAAUGAAAGGGACACUUGGAGAGGUCUUUAAAAAU